AUGGCCAGCCCAAUAUUCUCCGACCAUGAGGAGCCUUGUUUCACUGAUCCCUUGGAAUAUGUCGAUGAAGACUAUUCAGACGUACUUACACACCUAGCCGCCCUCCGUGACGAAGCUUCGAAGGACGGCGAUGUGGUGUUUGCUCUCCCUAAUAAUGUCAAAGUAUGGGCUCAUUCCCCUCUCUUCUACAUUGCUGCUGGCGAGAGGCCUCCCGAAGAAUUUGGCGAUCCAAGACGUCUCGAUCUCGGCACGGACAUCAUGGAAACUGCCAAAAACAACUUGGGCGUCGAAUUGACUGUGCUUCAUAUCCCAGAGGAGAACCGGCCGAGCUUCGAAGAAGCGAUGGGCCAUACUUAUACUCGGAAGAGCUUGAGAGGUCUAUGGGAAGCUAUGGGCUAUGAUUCUGUCGAUCCUACUGGAAAGGGGCCUGAUGCAGGCGUCCCACUAGACUCAACGCUGCCUGCAUCGAUGUUACCAGACUUUGAAAUACAUCUUAAAGCACCAGGAAACCGGCCCUCCUUUUGCGCCGUAAAGGUUCACAAGUUUCUUCUCGCCCGGAGGAUCCCAUAUUAUGAGACAUUUUUUAAUUCAAAAUUUGGCGAUGCGUCUGGAAAUACCUCGACUAUUUAUACAGAGGAUUUCACGCCGUUUUCUCUCUGGAUCGCUGCGGGAUAUGUUUACCGGCAGGAACUGAAAGAACUGCUUAACCCGUGCCCAGGGUUCCGCAAUUACAUUACUCUCCAUCUCAACAACCCUCACAAGGCCCAGAGCUGUAACAGUUGUGUCACUGAUCGGACACUCCCCGAUAUUGAAAUCGCGGACAAAUUCGUAGACAUAACUAGGGCUGCACGCUACCUCCAGUGUGUCACCCUUGAAAACUCUGCGCUCUACCUUCUCUCUGAGCUAGGGCACCGGUUCGAGUGCACCGGGAGGGGGUGCAGUAUUUUUGUUCCUCAUAUCCUUGACGUUGUGGCCAAGAGUGAUAUUUCGGGCCAGAGGAUUCUAGAUAACGGUAUCAGCCUACUCGCACUGCUUUCAAACAUUACCCCGUUGUGGAAGCGGCCUCUCUUGAAUUGUUCACCUUCCGUCCUAGAACUCCUGAUCGCAAAAGUUGCAAGUAAUAGUCAGAAGGAGGGUGAAGAGAGGCGGGCUAUUCGGCUCUUUGAAACGAUCUCCGAUUUAAGACGUCACACCUUGGCAUCCAAAAAUGCCAAAGAUUGGGACACAAAGCUGUUGGUACCGUUGAUGGAGCACACGGUAGAGUUCAUAGCAAAAGCUUUCGACAGCUUAGAAGUUACCACCGGUUUGAUACGUGUGUUCCACCCUUACAACCUGUCAAAACCCGUCGGGGGGGAAUUACUGAGUAUGGUUAUGAGCAAUAAAACUCUCAGGGAAGAAACCUGCAGGCAGAUAUUUAUUGGUAUCAUGGAGCUGGCCCAAAAACGGGGCACUGUACCUGAAGUUGAACAAGCUAAGAGGGAUUGUAUUGCUUGGUUCAAGCGAAAGUGGGUGACGCUUACUUUCAGUCCGGCCAUAAGGACUCCAGUAAAGCCAACAAAAGCAAAAAGCUCACCACAAGAAUAUGCUAUUUUCAAAGACAGAGAGCCAGACGACCAGGAGGAUUCAACUGAGCCACCACGUACACCUACAUCUACCCAUUGGAGAGGGCCACCUCUUGCGUCGCCAGAGAGUGGGACGAAGAAAAAGCUAUCAAUAGAUACGAGUGACGAUGGGAAUUUUUUCUCGGCAUGGAGCGAGGAAGAUCUUGCAAAAUUAACAAGCGUGAUCCCGGCCUCUAUUGCCGACUUGGUAGCUAAGAGCCCUCAGAGUCCCGCGGUCGACGAUAGAUAUAAACCAGUGAGGACACCGCGAGGCAAUUCCAGUCCAAGACGGGGCGGGGUAUCCCGUGGAAGAGGAGGUCAUAGUAGAGGCUCGGCAUCCGUUUCUAGGAUAAUCUUAAACCGGAUCGAUGCGAGGCCAAACAGGGAACAGCACUAA